GGCCAGACCGCAUAGCUCAACUCAUACCUGUCAAAAAGCUUAUGCACUAACGUUCUAUUCUUAGACCCAUUUUAAUAUACGUAACAUUCCCCUCAAUGUUUGAUUUGAUUCUUUGAAUUCUUGAAUCUCUUGAUCCCCCCUCUUGUUUUGCAAAUCCUUCAUAACCUUUUGAUUCUUUUUUUACCUUAACAAGAAAACAGAGAGACAAACGAGGGGAGACAGAAAAAUUAAGAAGAUGGAGCAGAAGAAUUUCUUGUUGUCUGCGUUGAGCGUAGGAGUAGGAGUUGGGGUUGGGCUGGGAUUGGCAUCUGGGCAGAGCACGAAUAGACGGGCUGGUGGAAAUGGUUCUCCAGAUGAUAUUUCCGCUGAGCAGAUUGAGCAUGAGUUGAUCAGACAGGUCACCGAUGGCAGAGACAGUAAGGUCACUUUUGACGAGUUUCCUUAUUAUCUCAGUGAUAUAACUCGGGUUUCAUUGACGAGUGCUGCAUAUAUCCAUUUAAAGCACUCGGACGUUUCCAGGCACACCAGGAAUCUCUCACCUGCCAGUAGGGCCAUUUUGCUCUCAGGACCUACUGAACUUUACCAGCAAAUGCUCGCCAAGGCUUUAGCGCAUUACUUUGAGUCCAAAUUGCUGUUACUGGAUGUUUCUGAUUUUUCCAUCAAGAUGCAGAACAAAUAUGGAUGCACUAAAAAGGAAUCUUCUUUAAAGAGAUCCAUAUCAGAGGCAACUUUGGAACGAAUGUCCAGUUUAUUUGGUUCUUUCUCAAUGCCUCCUCAACAAGAAAUUAGAGGCACAUUACGUCGGCAAAGCAGUAGUUUGGAUAUUAGAUCAAGAGGUACGGAAGGUACGAAUAAUCAUGGCAAAGUACGUAGAAAUGCCUCUAUUGCCUCUGACAUGAGUAGCAUGGCCUCCCAAUUUGCUCCCACAAAUUCAGCUUCCCUCAAGCGAGUGAGUGGCUGGUGUUUCGAUGAGAAACUCUUUCUACAAUCGCUUUACAAGGUAUUGGUUUCAAUAUCAGAAAGAAGUUCUAUCAUCUUAUAUCUUAGGAACGUGGAGAAGGUUUUUCUCCAAUCAGAAAGGAUGUACAAUUUUUUCAGAAAAUUCUUGAAGAAACUUUCUGGUUCAAUUUUGAUACUUGGCUCCCAUAUGGUGGACCAAGAUGAUGAUUGUAGACAAGUAGAUGAGAGACUCACCAUGGUAUUCCCGUACAUUAUUGAGAUUACACCACCAGAAGAUGAGACUGAUCUUGUCAGCUGGAAGGCACAGUUGGAAGAGGACAUGAAGAUGAUUCAGUUCCAGGAUAACAAAAACCACAUUGUUGAGGUACUUGCAGCAAAUGAUAUUGAAUGUGAUGAUUUGCUUUCAAUUUGUCACGCAGACACAAUGGUUCUUAGCAAUUACAUAGAAGAAAUUGUGGUAUCAGCAAUAUCAUAUCAUCUGAUGAAUAAUAAGAAUCCAGAAUACCGAAAUGGAAAGCUUGUUAUAUCAUCUAAGAGCUUGUCCCACGGAUUGAGUAUAUUCCAAGAAGGCAAAUCUGGUGGGAGAGAUACUAUGAAACUGGAAACAAAUUGUGAAGUUGGCAAGGACACCGAAGGGGAAGAGGCUGUUGGUGCAAAGACUGAAUCAAAGUCUGAAACCUCAGCCCCUGAAAAUAAGGGUGAAAUAGAGAAAUCUGUCCCUGGAGCAAAGAAAGAUGGGGAGAAUCUACCUCCAGCUAAAGCACCUGAAGUUCCUCCUGACAAUGAAUUCGAGAAACGAAUCAGGCCAGAGGUUAUCCCUGCAAGUGAGAUUGGAGUGACAUUUGCAGAUAUUGGAGCCUUGGAUGAGACUAAAGAAUCACUUCAGGAGCUAGUCAUGCUCCCUCUUCGAAGACCAGACCUGUUCAAAGGUGGACUUCUUAAGCCUUGCAAAGGCAUAUUGCUAUUUGGCCCUCCAGGAACAGGAAAAACAAUGCUGGCCAAGGCCAUUGCAAAUGAAGCUGGAGCAAGUUUCAUUAAUGUCUCAAUGUCUACCAUCACUUCAAAAUGGUUUGGUGAAGACGAAAAGAAUGUCCGAGCUCUGUUUUCACUUGCUGCAAAGGUCUCCCCAACUAUCAUUUUUGUUGAUGAGGUUGAUAGCAUGCUUGGGCAGCGGACUAGAGUUGGUGAACAUGAGGCCAUGAGGAAGAUAAAAAAUGAGUUCAUGACGCAUUGGGAUGGACUGUUGACAAAACCCGGUGAGCGAAUUCUUGUCCUUGCUGCAACCAACAGGCCAUUUGACCUUGAUGAAGCAAUUAUUCGGCGGUUUGAGCGCAGAAUUAUGGUUGGUCUUCCAUCCAUUGAAAGUAGGGAAAUGAUCUUGAAAACUCUUCUGGCAAAAGAGAAAACUGAAGAUCUGGACUUCAAGGAACUUGCAACCAUGACAGAAGGAUAUAGUGGAAGUGAUCUCAAGAACUUGUGCACGACAGCCGCUUAUCGGCCUGUUAGAGAGUUAAUACAGCAGGAGAGAUUGAAGGAUAAAGAAAGAAAGCCGAAUGCUGAAGAAGACGCAAGCUCAGAAGAAGAUUCAAGCACAAAGGAAGAAGACAAAGAGGAGCGAGUGAUUACUCUGAGGGCUUUAAACAUGGAAGAUAUGAGGCAGGCAAAGAAUCAGGUUGCUGCUAGUUUCGCAUCUGAGGGUUCAAUAAUGAAUGAGCUAAAGCAAUGGAAUGAGUUGUAUGGAGAAGGAGGUUCAAGGAAGAAGCAACAAUUGACUUACUUCCUCUAGAUUGUAAAAAGCUGUCAGCUUAGGGGGCACAUUAGUAAUACAAAGGAGGCCAAAUUUCAAGCAAGUCCAUGUUGCUGCAAGUGAAAUAUAAUUGUUCCAGGCAAACAACAAAUGCAGCACUGAAUUGAAAGCAGCAGCACCCGAGUCUCAGAAUGAAAUUCUAGCAACUCCAGCAAAGAUUGUGUCAGGGUGCAGUGUGUUUUUCUGAAAUUGUCCGAAAUUUGUAUUCCAUACAAAAAAGAAAGGUUUUUUUUUUUUGGGUGUUUUUUAGGCCAGCUUAAGACCAUUGGACACGUCAUUUGGUAUUGUAAUGAUGUUCUGAGGAUGAGGCACUUGGAAUGCAUAUGGGUAUUUGGGAGGAAUCGUUCAUAUUGGAUUUAUUAGACAAAGUGACAAUAUCCUCGUACAGUAGCAUUUGUAAAUUGGCCUUGUAUAAAUUAGCAUACUUAAUGUUGUAGAAUUUAAACUA